UAGGUCGUCGUCGCUGUUCGUUCGCCGCUCGCUGAGUCGCUGUUCAUCUUAAUCUUCUCCCGUUCGAGAACGCCAAGCUCAUCGUUUGUGCACUCUGGUCCGAGAACGUCAAGCCCCAAGGUCGCCGAGUUCGCUACCCGUCAUUCUCCUCUGCCGUUCGUGCUAUCAUUCUCCGAGAAGUCGAGUCAGCCGCCAGAGAAGCCGAAACAAGCUCGUCGUUCGUGCUCUCCGUUCUCCUUUAUCGUUCGCCCUGCCAUUCACCGAGAAGUCGGCCAAGCAACCAGAGACCAUCGUCGUGACUUUCGUCUUCCCAGGGACCUGAGACCAGUGAUCGCCACUGCAGCUUCAAAUUAGUUGUGAAAGAAAGAAGCAGCAAUGGGAGGCAAAGGAGUUAGGCGGCGAGAGAAGAACUACAGAGCUGCACAUGGAGGCGACAGCCGACUCCCUCCCCCGCCUGAUGCAUCCAAUCACGACGCAGUUCCUUCGAAGCUCCGUCAAUUGAUGAACUUUGCUUCCACUCUUCACAAAGGCCCCCAUAAUCUUCCGAGUCCGACUGAAGAUUCGCAGGGAAGGAGUAAGCGGAGGAAAGGAAGUGGAGCUGUGGAAGCUCACCAAGUAAAAACCCUAAUUCAGUUCUCUUUCCUCGUUCGUUGUGAGAAACUGUUGUGGGAAUGCAAUCUUCCACAGGUCGCAACCACGUCAAGGAAUGAGCAGGGGAACAUGGACAGUGAUGGCGUGGAAGCUGGUAAAGGUAAAAAGAAGAGCAAGAAGAGAAAGAGAAAUCAGGUGAAGGACCUCCGUUUCGAGACGCUGGUCGGGAACACCAAAACGAAAGAGAAACGAAAGGAGCGGACGAAGAAAUACUUGGAAGCAAAGAAGAAGAAGAAGCACCACAGAUCUGGUACUGAAGAAGAGACUGCAGAUUUUCCUGGCAAGGAAAAUGUGAAAUUUGGGGAUGUGGUUCAAGCCCCACCAAAGCUCAGUGUCCUGCCUAAGGGUGCAAAGAAGGUCAUUGAAGCUUCCCAAGAGAGGAUCAGGUUGCAGGCUAUUGAAGCUUAUCGGAAGCGCAAAGCUUGGAUAUCCAGACCAGGACUUCAACUUCCUUCUGCAGCCCCAACAACCAUGCCAUAAGUCAGCCAGCCCCCUAGUGAGAAAUGUGAAUGAUUAUCACAUUUCACUCAUUUCGCCGUAGCUUGUUCAUCCAUUGACUGUCCUCCUUUGCUGUACGAUGGUAACUACUAGACUGGAGCUUACCUCAGUUUCAGGAUCGAUAGUUGGUGUUUAUCUGGAGUCUUCGAGCCCAUUGAAGCUGUUAUUUCUCUGUAUUUUGCAGUCCUUUAGUGACCAAGUUAUUAAAGUAAGAUUUACAGAAAUCCGCAAGUGCAUUUUGAGUGAUGAAGAUCUUCUGGAUAUCCUGCUCAUUGCAAUUUGGGCGCCAAAUGGAUGGCAAAUUUGAUAAGUGAACUAUCAUACAGUAGGAACUUGAUCCACAUGUGUUGGAUCGAUCUGGCUAUCCUACUCAAGCAAUUCCAUGAGUUAUAUUUUUAAAGGGUUGGGAUUGGGCCAAUAUGGGCUGGAGUUGGGGAUUAAUGGCUCACACUAUUUGGCCAAGUAAAAGGCUUGCGAGAGGAAUUAAGAGAUUGACUUGAGCUUAAUGGUGGUUUGCUUGUUGGAUUUGAAAAAUGAGGGUU